CUUUUAGAAUUGACUGUACAGCCAAUACAUCCUUAAAAUAUCUUCCAACGUUUCGUGCAACGAUUUACGAAUGCACGUAUCAUUGUAUAAGAAAAAACAAACAGAAGAGAAACGGAGUUACGGUUAACAGGAAACGUUUGACAAAAUGUCAUAAAUCGAAUGAAUUAAAAAUUAUAUUAUCGUGAUGAGAAGAAAGGUAAUGGAGCAGCCAUUAGGAAAGGAAAGUAAAUUGUAUCUGUCCUGGAGUUUCGUCAAGAUAUACUGGAAGAUACUGUUCGCUGUUUCAUGGGCACUGCUCCUAGCACCGAUGAUUAUCGUUAAUAAUACAACGGAGGUGAGAUGCGGGUACACGAUACUAAUUAUGGCAGGCUACUGGAUAUUAGAAUGCUUCCCGAUGGCGGUCACCUCGUUGAUACCUGUGGUGCUGUUCCCAGCGUUCGGGAUACUGAGCACGGCCGACGUUUGCUCCUGUUACAUGAACGAUACCAUAAUGGUGUUCUUAGGAGGCUUGAUCCUUGCCAUAGCGACGGAACACAGUAAUCUGCAUUUGAGGAUUGCCCUCAGUGUGAUGAAGACAGUCGGUUGCACUCAUGCAAAAUUGCUCGGCGGCCUCUGCGGCGUGACUACAUUUAUAUCAAUGUGGGUGUCGAACACCGCUGCCACGGCCAUGAUGGUACCCAUAAUAUUCGCGAUUCUCAAGGAAUUGGAACAGGCUGGUCUCAGUCGCGUCUUCGACGAGUUCCCGCCGGAGACGAAUAGUCCAGACGCGGAACCAGUGAAGAAACCGACGAAUGUAACGAAAGCCUAUUUGACGGCCGCGGCGUACUGCUCGACGUUCGGAGGCACGGGGACCAUCGUGGGUACCGGGACCAAUCUGACUUUCAAAGGGAUUUUCGAGAGCACGUUUCCUGAGUCCGAAGGGAUCAAUUUCACCGACUGGAUGAUCGCCUCGACGCCGCAGAUGGUCGUCAACUCGUUCUUGACGUGGAUUUAUCUCCGCAUCGCUUUCAUGGGCUAUCUCAGGCCUAAUAGCAAAGACGCGCAGAUGGCAUCGAUAGGAGAAGAGGGGCAAACGAUCACGAAUCGGGUGAUACAAGAAAGGUACCAAGAGCUCGGCGACAUUAGGUUUCACGAGGCGGCGGUGGCCAUCCUGUUCUUGUUCUGUAUACUUCUGUGGAUAUUCCGGAAACCCGGUUUCGUGCUGGGAUGGUCCGAACUGCUAACAGAAAUAUCCCUCCGGGACUCGGUGCCUGUCAUGUUCGUAUCUAUCUUGAUGUUUUUUAUUCCCAAGGAUCUGAAAUUCCUCCAUAGCUUUAGCGACGAUCCCGAGGCGAGGCCCACGAAAUCCUCGGAAGGUCUGAUCACGUGGGACGUGAUACAAAAGAAGAUGCCCUGGAGUUUGAUGUUCCUCCUGGGCGGUGGAUUCGCAAUUUCGAAGGGCAGCGUCGCCUCCGGUUUAGCGAGACAAGUCGGCGAAGCUUUGAUGCCGUUAAGACACUUGCCCCCCUUUCUCAUUCUGGUGAUCGUCUCAUUUUUCGUUGGUACCAUCACAGAAUUCACGUCGAACGUCGGCAUCGCGAACAUUACUCAACCCGUGAUCGCACAGAUGUGCGUAGCGAUGAACAUACAUCCGAUGUAUUUAAUGUACCCGGCGGCGAUCAUGUGUUCUUAUUCGUUUCGAUUACCGGUCGGUACGCCGCCGAACGCGAUCAUUACGGUCGCCGGGAACAUCCCAACGAAGUGGCUAAUGCUGGGAGGCUGCGGCCCUUCCGUAUACGCUCUCGUCGUACAAACAACCUUUUUCAUCAUCUGGAGCUCUCACAUUUGGCGGAUUAAGGAGUUCCCAGAAUGGGCUAAGCUCUCGUCGAAUGUAUCAACGACCACCUGAUUCAGUCGCUUAUCGUAUAAGUGUUCUGUUUGUUUUAUUUAAUAAAUAUAUACAUACUCUGUUUAA